AUGGCAGAAUAUGGAUGGGGUUUGUCAGAAAAGCUAAUUCGGAAGGCAAGAGAUGAGUUGAAUGAAAUAGCUGACAGAAGAGUGCUGGCCAUUGAUGAGGUCAGAGAUCAGAUGGAAACCAGACCUGAUAUCAAUUUUUUGAGACAAGACGAUGUGUUUAUUUUGAGAUUUUUACGUGCACGGAAAUUCAACACGGAAGAAACGUUCAAACUUUACGCCAGAUAUUUUGAAUACCGACAAAAUAACAAAAACUUAUUCAAAGGAUUCCAGGCGUCGGAAAAAGGUGUGAAGGAAGCGCUGAAUGAUGGUCUUCCAGGAGUGCUACCAAAUUGUGAUUAUCGUGGACGAAGAAUUCUGUUGUUGUAUGCCGCCAAUUGGGAUAAUUCUCGCUACGGUCUUGCCGCCAUUUACCGUGCAAUUCUGUUAACGUUAGAAAAACUUAUUGAUGAGGAAGAGGUUCAGAUUAAUGGAAUUACAGUCGUAGUGGAUUGGAGUCAGUUUACCUUUAAACAGUCCACUUGGUUGAAUCCUAAAGUGUUAAAACUCAUGAUUGAAGGUCUUCAGGAUUGUUUUCCAGCCCGGUUUGCCGCCAUUCAUUUUGUCAACCAGCCCUGGUAUAUAGAGGCCAUCUUUAAAUUACUGCGUCCCUUUUUAAAAGAGAAAAAUAGAAAUAAGAUUGUUAUGCAUGGUAUAAAUCUAACAACUCUACAUCAACAUAUUAGUAAAGAAGUUCUUCCAGCUGAACUUGGUGGGAUGCAGCCACCAUAUAACAACCAGUCCUGGGCUCGACAGCUGAUAGGGGACGAAUCCUUCAGUUUUGGUGAUCAGCAUAUUUAUUGGCCCAAUAUCACCCAAUUAAAGUAA